AUGUUGCUCGGCUCCCUGGCACUCAUCAGCAGCACGAUCGUACCGCCGCAUCUGUUGCAGAUCCUGCAGGGCCUCACAAUCCCUGUGUCGCUCGCAUCGAAAGUGCCUCAAAUGCUUGAACUUCAUCGAUCGAAAGCCACAGGCGAACUUAGCAUUAUCGUUGUAUUUGCGCAGUUGAUGGGCACGAUGGCCCGUGUCUUUACGACGCUCACUGAGACAAAUGAUCAGCUUCUGUUUUGGGGCUUUGCACUCGCCACAAUUUUCAAUGCUGUCAUUGCUGUUCAAGUGAUUAUGUAUUGGAACGGCAAUGACCGCAAGCGUGGCAGCAGCAACGGCAGCAAGUAUACAUACCCUCUGCAGGAGAGUCGCUGGUUCGCCACGCCUGACACGUCCACAGGUCAGCUGCCCAUUACUUCAUCGAUGCCGCGCACAAAUACCAAGCUGGACUAA